CGUUUACUGCAGCCAGGUCUCCCUCCUCAACGGCUUUCCUGCGAUCCAAGGAACGGUUCUUCCCCAUCUGCUGCACUGUUCUUUGUCUUCUGAUAGAAAGGAGGCUGCUUUCCGUUUCCUGAGCUAAGCUUUCGUCCAAUCAAACGGCUCUUAAAUAGUUUCUCCGGAGCGAAAGCAUAACAGUACAAGAGGGAAGCUCUUCCCUACGAGUGCGAAAUUGAGGGUUUGGCAAAUUGGCUAAGAGAGACGAAUGGACGAAGAUCAAAUACUGGGGUUUGUCACUGCGUACCUGAGAAAGAAAGGGUUUACUCAAACGGAGCAUGCUUUUCAGGAGGAACUUCAACAGAAUAAGAACACUUCCUCCGCUAAUUCUCUUAUCGAACCCGACAUUGCCAAGCAAAUUCUUGCCUUCUCCACGUUAGAAAGUGGUCCUGCAAGAUUUCACGAUGGGUAUAGCAGACUCAGAUCAUGGGCAUAUAGUUCAUUGGAUUUGUACAAGCAUGAAUUAUUGCGUGUGCUUUAUCCAGUGUUUAUUCAUUGUUUUAUGGAUCUUGUGGCAAAAGGGCAUAUCCAAGAAGCCCGGAACUUUUUCAAUACCUUCCGUGAAGACCAUGAGAUGAUGCACUUACGAGACCUUCAGAAGUUGGAAGGUGUGCUUUCUCCUUCUCAUCUGCAGGAAAUGGAAUUCGCUCAUUCACUUAGACAGAGCAAAUUCAACAUAAAGAUAUGUCAGUAUUCCCACCAGCUUCUGUUGCAACAUCUCCGCGAUACGCAAUCCACCACUGUACUUGGUAUAAUUAAUGAGCACAUUGACUUCCAAGUUACUCCCGGGCAACCUAGCUCAAUUUCUGAUGAUCCAGAGGCUGUUACGCUCUCUGGAAGCAGCCAGGACGCAGCAAAUCAGAUAAAUCAAAAAGAAAUACAUUGGGGGUUGCUUGAAGACUCUCUAGAAGAACGCCUAGAGAAGGCUGGUGCCUUGCUUUCCGAUUCUGAAAAGGGGGAAGGGGAAGCCAAAGAAGGUGACAAUGAAGAGAAUAAGAAAAGAUCAAUUGAAGGGGGAAAGCAAGGUGCCUCAAUCAAGAAAGUAAAAAAGGACAAGGGUGGAAGUGCAUCUGGGAAAAGCGCAAAACCUGAUGCUAGUACUAUACCUGCAGCACCACGUGUUAAACCAGAACUUCCCUUGCCCAUAAUUCCAACAGAGGUAGAACAGUCUAUCCUUGAAGAUUUAAGGAACCGCGUACAAUUGAGUAGUGUUGCACUGCCUUCAGUUAGCUUUUACACGUUUCUCAAUACACAUAAUGGUUUAAGCUGCUCAUCAAUAUCCCAUGAUGGUUCGUUGGUUGUUGGAGGGUUUUCUGACUCGUCACUGAAGGUUUGGGAUAUGGCAAAGCUUGGACAACAGACUGUCAGUUCUCUUUCCAGGGUGAGAAUGACACAUCUCAAAAUGAACAAGUACUUGGGCAAAGUGGUGGGAGAAGACAGUAUACAUUAUUUCAAGGUCAUUCAGGGCCAGUUUAUGCAGCCAGUUUUAGCCCUGUUGGGGAUUUUAUUCUUUCCUCUUCAGCAGACUCGACUGUUAGAUUAUGGAACACAAAGCUUAAUGCAAACCUUGUUUGCUACAAGGGCCACAAUUACCCUGUCUGGGACGUUCAG